AUGGCGUGCAGCUCGGAAGGCGCGAGAGAAGCGCUGUCUGGCCGAAUCGGGGCCGUGUACCAGGAAGUCAGCCGCUUUCCCUCGGUCACUUAUGCCAGCGUCGGAUCCGAGGUUGCUGCCCGUUGUGGCGCCAAGUGCCUGCCCCUCUACACGGAGUGGCGCCACCUAGAUCUGGAGCGCCAUCAGAAACUGCGAUUCAGUCGUCAAUAUAUCCUUCACCAUGAUAGCAGAGCAAUUAUUUCUGUUACUCCUGUUGGUAUGCCAGCUGAGAUUCACAAUCUGCUGCUGACUGGAAUGUCUCCCACUGGAAAGUAUAAAGCUAUUCUCACCCAUUAUUUGGAAAUGGGGCAGAAGCAGGAGGUGCUGGAGGUUUGGAGCAACAGUGGGAGGGUAAGAAAUAUCAAUCUCACAGCGCUGGAUAAACAUGGCAAAGUGUACACAGAUGGUAAGGGCAGUAAUAGUAGGCUUGGCCGCAUGCUGCUCUCUGCAGGCUUAGCGAUGGUGCUUCCUCAGUCCUGUUCACAGCAAAGGGCUUUCAGCUACCUGAAAUUCUUUGGCCAGAGGUGGCUGCUGACUGGAAUGUCUCCCACUGGGAAGUAUAAAGCUAUUCUCACCCAUUAUUUGGAAAUGGGGCAGAAGCAGGAGGUGCUGGAGGUUUGGAGCAACAGUGGGAGGGUAAGAAAUAUCAAUCUCACAGCGCUGGAUAAACAUGGCAAAGUGUACACAGAUGAAUUCUGUAAAAUAGUGCUAAAUACAGUAAAAGAAGGGCCCUCUUUGAUGCAGGUAGAAGUUCCAGGUAACCAAGGAGACACGGUAUCUCAAGGACAAGUGACAAUUGAAACUCAUUCUUAUCACAACAGUUCCUAUCAUGACAAAGAAAUGAGUCGAACUUUGUACAAUGAUCGGUUUGUGUACAAUGACAACUGGGGAGAGGCACUGGGGGACAAAAGUGUCCCUGUGUUAUGUGUGUUGAAUAUUGAAACCAGUGAAGUUUCAGUGCUAGAAGACAUCCCAGGGCACCUCUCCCCUGGGCAGGCUCUGUGGUCCCCAGGUGACAAGGGAAUAAUAUUUGUGGGCUGGUGGCAUGAGCCAUUCAGAUUGGGAUUAAAUGCCUGCUCCAACAGAAGGUCAGCUCUAUUUCUCUUCGAUCUGUCUGAAAAUAGCUGUGAACUAUUGACUUCAGAUGAUCAGUCAGUCUCUUCUCCCCGGCUCAGCCCUGACCAAACUCACCUGAUCUACUUGGAGGGACCAGUAUUUGGGCCUCAUCGCCAUUGCUUGAAGCUACAGUUGCUCAACUGGCAAACAAAGUCCUCAUAUACAGUAGUGGACAUAGUCAGAACUGCCAUAGCUGGUUUUUAUGGGAUUUACUCAGGAGCAUUGUCCAUGCAUUGCUGGGCGUCUGAUAAUCAAAGGAUUUUACUUAGCACUCCUCAGAGGAGUAGAAAGGAAGUGUUAGUUGUGGAUACCAAAUCAGGAAGUGUGAAAUCUAUUACAUCAGGCACCUCAGAAGGUAGCUGGACUCUACUAGGAGUUCAGCAAGAUCUGCUAGUGGUGAGCUGUUCAUCUCCCAAUUGCCCUCCAAGUCUGAGGGUGGGUGUGCUCCCACCUGCAGGGAGUGAGCUGGAACUACAGUGGAUCAGUGUGGAGGAAUCUUCUGUACUACCUGACAUGGAAUGGAAAAUCCUCACAGUGGAUCCUGCUAUGUCUGAGAAGGGCAGCCCAUACACUGACCAGUCAUUUGAAGCCAUAUUGCUGAUUCCUCGAGGAAGCAAACAAGGAAAAGAGGCCCCUUUGCCCCUUAUGGUUUCUCCACAUGGUGGUCCACACUCAGUUUUUGAUGCUUGCUGGCGUCCAACUAUGGCAGGUCUCUGCCGGCUGGGUUUUGCUGUGCUUCUGGUAAAUUACAGAGGUUCCUUGGGUUUUGGCCAGGACAGCAUUGAUUCAUUGAUCUCCCGUGUUGGAGUACAAGAUGUGGCGGACACUCAGCUGGCAGUAGAAGCGGCACUGCAGAUGGACAUCUAUUUGGACCCAAAUAGAAUUGCCUUGUUGGGAGGCUCUCAUGGUGGCUUUAUCUGUUGCCAUUUGAUUGGUCAGUUUCCAGAGAGGUACAAAGCGUGUGCAGUCAGAAAUUCCGUCACCAACAUGGCCACUCUGCUGGGGACCUCUGACAUUCCUGAUUGGCGAUACGCUUCUUUAGGUCUGCCAUAUUCCUAUGAGCGGAUUCCUACAGAAAAAGAUCUGUCUGCCAUGCUGCUCUCCUCCCCCAUUAUUCAUGCUGCAAAGGUACGAGCACCUCUGCUGCUGUGUGUUGGUGCAAAAGACCGGCGAGUGUCUCCAUACCAAGCUUUGGAAUAUUACCGUGUGUUGAAAGCUAGAGGAAUCCCUGUGCAACUGAUGUGGUAUCCAGAAGAGAAUCAUGCCUUAAGUGGAGUAGUAGCUGAAGCAGAUGUCUUUAUGAACUGUGCCCAGUGGAUCAUACAUCACCUUUCCAGAAAGGUAGAUUGAAAGUCAACUGCCAACUAAAUAUGAAGACAACCAAGUUGCUGAAAAGCAAACUGUGUUUAUGUAUAAAUGUGACAGGAGUUUCUUUUUCUCCACCUCAACAUGUAAUCAGAUUGUGGGCAUCUGAAAAUUCUUCCCUGCUGAUAAUCCCUUCAGAAUGUUUUUGAGGAAUUCUGCUGAUAAUGUUACAAAUAUCUACUCAAAUCCUAAUUCUGAUUGAAAAAUGGAUUUCUGAUAACUGGCCUUGCAAAAAAAGCCCUGCUAUUAGAUUGCUAACUGAUAUAAUCAAUCAAGCCAACUUUUUAUUUGAAUAAAUGGAUAUGCUGACAUAGUCCAAAGGAAAUUCUCCAAUAAGGCUUCUCAUUUGCAACUGAAUAUUUUUAGUGGGUUUUAUAUGUGAGCAGGACUCGGCAGUAAUGAUAUUUUGAUGAUUAAUUAAUGAUUAAUGAUAUCCACUCAGAAUUGCCUGAACCAAGAGAU